AUGGCGAUAUCGAAUUCGAGGUGGAAUAUCCGGCGAGCGGCCAUAUGGGCAACGGCACUUGCCAGCGGAGUCCUGAGUAGCGAUGUUUUAGUGACAAAUGGAUUCAACAAUUGUGAGGAGAAUAGCAGCAUUAGGGUCCAAAAGGUGGAAAUUUCUUAUAAUAAUGCCGACAAGCUCGUGGUUUUCGAUAUUGUAGGCACGAGCGACAAACGACAAAAUGUAACGGCAUGGCUCUCCGUAUCCGCGUACGGGCAAGAUGUUUACACAAACGCUUUUAAUCCUUGCAAUGAGACCACAUUCGUCGAUGAAUUGUGUCCUGCUCCGGCCGGUGUCUUUACUGCAAGAGGUACUCAGGCGAUACCUCCUCAAUAUGCUGGUGUCAUUCCUGCUGUUGCUUUUCAGGUACCCGACAUAGCAGCCCAGGCGACGUUAAAGCUUAAGACCUUAGAUACCGGAGCAGAAAUUGCCUGUGUCCAGGCCCAAGUAACGAAUGGCAAGACGACCGACGUACCCGCAGUCUCGUAUAUCGCCGCCGGCGUAGCGGGAGCAGCUCUGUUGAUGGGUGGUGCUGGAGCCAUCAGUGCAGCGGGAGGAGCUGGUGCGGCUGGCGGAGCUGGAGGUACCAUGAGCCCGAGUUUCAUGGAAAUGUUCGGCAUUUUCCAAGGUUUCGCCAUGAACGGUAUGAUGUCUGUCCAGACGCCACAGGUUUACCGUAGCUUCACGAAGAACUUCGGCUUCUCAACGGGCAUCAUCCCAUGGAGACAGAUGCAAGUCUCUAUCGACAACUUUCGAGGAAUGACAGGUGGAAACUUAACCAGGGACAGUGUUGAAUUCCUUCAGAAAGCUACUCUCGUUUACCCCGACGGCACAACUGCGAACGGGAAGGGAUCGCUCUUCGGUCGUUCCAUGGCGGAAGCGGUUCACCUUGCUAUUCGUGAUGUCGAUACGUCGGUUAACGCAACGGGCACCGACGGAGAAACAGCGACGAGUACCGAGGCGACGAUCCGUGCGGCUGUCUCGGGUAUUCAAGGAUACGCUCAGCAAUUAUCUGUACCGCAGUCCAACACGUUUAUGACGCUUUUAUUGAUCGUCGCCAUCGUCGUUGCUGUUAUUGUCGUCGGUAUCUUGCUGGUGAAGGUUAUCCUCGAGGCUUGGUCCCUAUAUGGCCACUUUCCUGAGUCUUUGACUGGUUUCCGCAAGCAUUAUUGGGGUUCGAUUGCUCGUGCUAUCACGUCCCUCAUUCUGGUUCUUUACAGCAUCUGGGUUCUAUAUUGUGUGUUCCAAUUCACACAUGGCGAUUCUUGGGCUGCCCAGGCACUUGCCGCUGUUACUCUUAUCCUAUUUACUGCCAUUCUAGCUUUCUUCUCUUGGAGGAUCUGGAGUAUCGCACAUAAGCUCAAGAACAGCGAGGGAGACACGUCGGGUCUCUACGAGGAUAAGGAGCACUGGGUUAAGUACUCACUCUUCUACGAAUCGUAUAGGAAAGAUUACUGGUGGAUCUUCGUGCCAGUCAUUGCGUACAUGUUUGCCAAAGGUUGCGUCCUCGCCGCCACCGAUGGUCAUGGUAUGGCACAGUCAAUCUGUCUUUUAAUCGUCGAAGGGUCAAUGUUGGCUUUGUUGGUCUGGAGUAAACCAUUCGAGCGGAAAUCUGGCAAUGUGAUCAACAUUGCUAUUGCGGUUGUGCGCGUUCUUUCAAUCGUCUGCGUUCUCCUCUUCGUCGAAGAAUUCGGCAUCGCCCAAACCACGCAGACAGUUGCCGGUGUCGUUCUGAUUGCCAUACAAUCGGGUCUUGCAGGAACUCUCGCAAUUCUCAUCGCAUGGAAUGCAAUUAUAGCAUGCUGCAAGCAAAACCCUCACCGCAAGCGCAGAAAGGAGAUGGAACAAUACCAGCGUGAUAUGGACACCUUGACGCCUUUGGACGCACGUAACUCUUUACUCCUAGACCGCUCGAAAACCAAUGAGACUAGAAUCACCAUCACAUAUACCAAUUCUGUAUCAGACUCCAAGCAGCCGCUUGACCGCCGCUCCCCUUCACCGGAUCCAUAUAUCGGCGUCGCAGUCGAGCCAUCUGAUACCUACUCACCAUUAAGCCUUUCGUACACCAGCAGACCCUUAACGCCCAGCUUACCGAUGAGAAGUCAAGAGCAAAGUGCGGCUCCCGCGGGGCAACAACCGAACGUAGGGGGCGGGUAUGGUGAUAGCUACGGGCAACAGAAUGGAUAUUCAGGGUAUCGCGGACCUUCCGUAUACUAA